AUGAACGUGUUUUGCACUUUUUAUAUUUUCGUUAAUUCGAUUAGCGUCUUGCAGACGCGACGAAAGCGAAACUAUCUUUCCUCUGCACUUGAAGGUUAUCUACGAUUUAUGCAGACGUAUCUAUCUAUCUAUCUAUCUAUCUAUCUAUCUAUCUAUCCCCCCUCUCUCUCUGUCUCUCUCUCUAUCUAUCUAUCUAUCUAUCUAUAUCUAUCUAUCUAUCUAUCUAUCUAUCUAUCUAUCUAUCUAUCCUCUCUCUCUUUCUAUCUAUCCUCUCUCUCUCUUACGUCGUCUGUUUGUAUAAUCUACUCUUUCUGCCUUAGUUUGCCUAUCUGUCUCAUUGGUAUAAUAUUUGCUCGUAUCUCUCGUUUUCAAUCGAUUCAUAAGUUUCUUUCGAGCUCAGUUGAAAUGAGAAAUGAGCUGAAAUUGAGUAUAUUUACUUUUACUUGUACAUAUAGUGUAAUGUUUCUUAUUUCACUCUUUCGCCUUCCCCCUUCCUCUUCUCCUCCUACUCCUCCUCCUCCUUCUUCUUCUUCUCCUCCUCCUCCUCUUCUUCUUCUUCUUCUUCUUCUUCUUCUUCUUCUUCUUCUUCUUCUUCUUCAGGGAUAUGGUUUAUCGAAUGAUGGAGUUGAUGAUAUGAUAAUAUCUAAUAUUUUUUCUUUAUGUGAUAUCAACUUGUCUUUGGUCAUCAUUGCUAUUGGUGUUAACACUGCGAUAUCAUUCAUAUUUAAUUUUAUCUAUCUAUCUAUCUAUCUAUCUAUCUAUCUAUCUAUCACCAAUGCACUCUUACCUACUCAUAUCUAUCUAUCUAUCUAUCUAUCUAUCUAUCUAUCUAUCUAUCUAUCUAUUUAG